AAAGAAUCAGAACAUCUUAUUCAAAGUCAGAGAAAACAUUGGCUAACAUAGUUGACAGUCAGUUUACUGAAAAUGGAAAUGUGUUUGCUUUUUAUAGGAUUAAUUUGUUUCGUACUACUUGCAGGAGUCAAAUCAACCACUACCAGAGAUGAUAUGAUAGAAACCCCUGUGGUCGAUAAUCAAAAUGUCCCUUUGCUUGCAAUGUUUGACAUGACAAAAGUAAACAAGCGCAUCAAGGAAUAUAUAUCAGUCGCAUUCGAAAAUAUGAAAGGAAAUUUAACGUUGAACAUCAAGAGGGAAAUUAAAGACUAUUUUGAUGAUAUGAAACAGAAUUCCACUGAUGCUAUUUCUGAAGCCAGUAGAACUGCGGAAGAAAACAUUAAAAAGGAAAUUAAAGACUAUUUUGAUGAUAUGAAACAGAAUUCGACUGAUGCUAUAUCUGAAGCGCAUAAUCAUCGGGACUGCUCCGACUUGGAUAGAAAACAUUUCAGAAGUGGAGUGUACAAAAUCUUCCCGAAAGUUACAGUUGGAUUUAACGUGUGCUGUGAUAUGGAGACGGAUGAGGGAGGAUGGACGGUUUUUCAGCGCAGACAAGAUGGUAAAGUAGAUUUCUAUCGCGGAUGGACAGAGUAUGUAAAAGGAUUUGGUGAUGUCAAAACAGAAUUUUGGUUAGGAAAUGAUAAAUUAAAUGACUUAACUUCCAAAGGAAAUUAUGAACUCAGGGUAGAUCUGGUGGAUUUAAUGGUGACAAGGCAUAUGCCAAAUAUUCUACCUUCAACAUCGGAGACCAAUCAACCAACUAUAGAUUGACCGUGAAUGGUAACAUGUACAAUGGAACCGCAGGUAAUAUUUAUAUUUUUCAAAGAUUGUGGGACAAUGAACUUAAAUAAUUCUUAUUGUUUAGGUUUGUUUAUUGUUUGUGUUAUUUAUAAGUGGGAUCUCAUUUCAACAACUACUGAGUCAGUAAAGGACACACUUAUACAGAUAUGGGAUUAAUAGGGUAACAGGUUGAAAUUGCAUUGAAUUUACAAUUGUUUCAAAUAAAACCGGUGUUUUGCGAUUUUGUCUAUGUAAACAAGUUAUGCUUUAUUCACAGCAUUCGGAACAUUAGUUGCAUUUAUGUACUAAAACUUAUGAAACAGAUAUACAUGUAAAAAAUCAUAAAUCAGAACAAUUAAAAUAGCUAAGAACUUCGUUUUUGUGACUGCACUUAAACAAGAUUUUGGUUAUAUAACCGGCUUACAUCUAUUUCGUCAACCUGUCCAAAACACAGAUUUAUAUUAC